UUUUUUUUUUCGGAAUACCCUAACAUUUUUUGUUCGCGAGUAGAAGAUUCAAGCUUCUGUGGCGGGUGAAGCAGAGGAGAAGAGAAGCAGACGAAAUGGGUCCUCAAGUAGCAAAGAAGGGAGCGGCGCCCGCAAAGGGAGGGAAAAAGAAGGCUAACACCUUCGUCAUCGACUGUGGAAAGCCAGUAGAAGGCAAGAUCGCCUCCUUUGAGAAGUUUUUGCAGGAUCGCAUCAAGGUCGGCGGUAAAACAGGGGUUUUGGGUGAUGUGGUUACCAUCUCCCGCGACAAGAACAAGCUCAGUGUCACUUCUGAGACGGUCUUUUUUAAAAGAUAUUUGAAGUACUUGACAAAGAAGUAUUUGAAAAAGCAUAAUGUCAGGGAUUGGUUGCGAGUGAUAGCUUCCAAUAAAGAUCGCAAUGUCUAUGAGCUACGUUAUUUUAACAUUGCUGAGAAUGACGCAGAAGAUUUAAUCUAUUUAGGUGUAAGUGACACUGAUUUUUUUAACUAUAAAGAGUGGGCUGCUGCAAUUCUGUCAUAA